ACCAACCCCUUAAUGGUAACCAGAAAAUCCACAGUUUGCAAAGUAAUACUGAUAUACUUGAAUAUGUCAUGAGCAUAGCUGUAGAAUGGAUCGAAAUCGGGUGGGAGGGAAAUUCCAGAUCCAUACGAACCAGUUAAGAAAGAAGCAAAUGGCAAAUGAAAGUGGCAAUAACGCAGUUCCGGGGUUCCAAUGGCUGAAUCGCUUGGUUUCAGAACCUUAUUACCUUUUCCAUUUCUUAACUUUCUUCUCAUAUUUCAUCAUUCGCAGCUCCGCUUCCGAAGUUCUUGCACCUCAUCUCAUCCAACAUCUCCUUCGUCGCGAAAUACAAACGUUGCUUGUGUUCGCGAUAUUGGUUGUCAUCAAGGGAGUAAAAGAAGACAACUGGGAAGCCUUUAUAGCCGAUGCACUUUUCCUUGGCAAGAUUUGUCUUUUUGUCUUAGCCAUUACGAUGGAUCGCCACUUAGCCGUAUGGUAUAUUCUUGUAUUUUUAGUGAUACAUAUGUUAACACAACAACCUCUAUUCCAAGGACUAGGUACGUCCAGCAAGCUAACCCCAUUGCAGUUGGAAAGCCUGUUGACAGAGGGGACAACUACAAGAUUGUGGCUGGUGGAAUUUUGUGCUUCAUAUUCACCUGCUUGCAUUCGCUCAAGUCAGCAUUUUCCUGAGCUCUCCAUUACAUAUUCAAGCAAAAAUUUAUCGUUUGGAAUAGUUGAUCUUGGUCUCUUUCCUAAUGCUGCUGAAAAAUUUGGAAUAUCCCUAAGUGGAAGCAUGGGCCAGCUUCCUACAUAUAUCUUAUUUGAGAAUGCAGCUGAAGUUGCCCGCUUUCCAGAGUUGGAUUUUGAAGCAACAUAUUUUCACCCUACGAUUACCAAGGGGCUUCUUUCUCGUCAUUUUGAGCUUGAUCGGCACCUUCUGGAAUAUUUUAAUGGUAAAUAGGAUCUAAUGGAGCAAGUUGUUCUCCGAAAUUUCGCCUCAACCCACUCUAACUUACGCUAUUCCUACAGGUAGUGGGAAAUCUUGCAUCGGUCCAAAGAGAAACAGUUUUUUUUGUAAAAGAAUUGAAAAUUUUUUUAAUGCAAAAGUUGACCCUUUUAGGAA